AGUUAACCACAGCCCUUAGCAUGCUCUGCUUAGGUGGCAGCAGUGGCUCCUCAGUUGUCUCGGCCAUGACACACAUUUAACAUGCCCUCCUUCAAUCUCCUUAUAGACGGUUUCUCUUGCUUUGCAGCAUGGACCAAAGAGAAAUCCUGCAGAAGUUCCUGGAUGAGGCCCAAAACAAGAAAAUUAACAAAGAGCAGCUGUCCAGUGAAUUUCUGAAGCUGAAAAGGCAAUCUACCAAGUACAAGGCAGACAAAACUUAUCCUACCACUGUGGCUGAGAGGCCCAAGAAUAUCAAGAAAAACAGAUAUAAGGAUAUUUUGCCCUAUGAUUACAGCCGGGUAGAGCUGUCCCUGAUAACUUCGGAUGAGGAUUCCAACUAUAUCAAUGCCAACUUCAUUAAGGGAGUUUAUGCACCCAAGGCUUAUAUCGCCACCCAGGGCCCUUUGUCUUCAACACUCCUGGACUUCUGGAGGAUGAUCUGGGAAUACAGUGUCCUGAUCAUUGUUAUGGCAUGCAUGGAGUUUGAAAUGGGAAAGAAAAAAUGUGAGCGCUACUGGGCUGAGCCAGGAGAGAAGCAGCUGCAAUUUGGCCCUUUCUCUAUAUCCUGUGAAGAUGAAAAAAGGAAAUCCGAUUAUAUCAUCAGGACUCUAAAAGCUAAGUUCAAUAGUGAAACUCGAACUAUCUAUCAGUUUCAUUACAAGAAUUGGCCAGACCAUGAUGUGCCUUCGUCCAUAGAUCCUAUUCUCGAGCUCAUCCGGGAUGUGCGUUCUUACCAAGAGGAUGACCGUGUGCCCCUGUGCGUUCACUGCAGCGCCGGCUGUGGAAGGACUGGCGUUGUUUGUGCUAUCGAUUACACAUGGAUGUUGCUGAAAGAUGGGAUAAUUCCUGAGAACUUCAAUGUUUUUGGUUUGAUCCAGGAAAUGCGAACACAGAGGCCUUCAUUAGUUCAAACUCAGGAACAGUAUGAAUUGGUCUACCGUGCUGUAUUGGAACUAUUUAAGAGACAGAUGGAUGUCAUCAGAGAUAAAUACUCUGGAACGGAGGGUCAAGGAAAGUAUUCAGUUUCUGAGCCAAAUCACACUCUGCAAGCAGACUCUUAUACUUCGAAUCCACCAAAAAGCAUCGUCAAAGAAGCAAAAGUGAUCAACCAACAAAGUGAGCAAAGGACAGAGCUGGAAAACGCAGGCGUUUCCUCCUUUGACUUUAGGACUUCCGAAAUAAAUACAAAGGAAGGGUUGGUUUUGCACCCUGCUAAACUGAGCACUUCUUUCGACUUUUUGGAGCUAAACUAUGAUUGUAACAAAAAUGUUGACAGGACCAUGAAAUGGCGGACAAAGGCAUUUCCAAUUGUUGGGGAACCUCUUCAGAAGCAUCAAAGUUUGGACUUGAGCUCUAUUUUGUCUCGGGCAUGUCCUAAUUCUAAACCUGUAAAUGCAGCAGGAAGAUAUUUUAAUUCAAAGGAGCCAAUAAUACGGACCAAAUCAACUCCCUUUGAAUUGAUACAGCAGAGAGAAACCAAAGAGUUGGACAUCAAGGAAAAGUUUUCUUAUUUGGAAUCUGGAAAACGUGAUUCUUGUCUUGUGGAGUUGCAGGCUCAAAAAGUAAUGUGUGUUUCUUCAGCAGAACUGAAUUAUUCACUGCCGUGUAACUCUAAGCACCAGAUAUGUAAUGCCUCUAAUGUAAAGCAGUCCAGUGGUUUGAGUGAAGAUUCUUACAUGUCUUUAGUAGAAGAUCCUCAUUUUUCAUCAUUGUCUCCAAGUAGUGCUGGUUCUAAGAUGUCUCUUGAUUUACCGGAGAAGCAAGAUGGAACUGUUUUUCCCUGUUCUUUGUUGCCAACAUCCUCUACAACCAUCUUUUCUUACUACGAUUCACACGAUUCUUUAUCACUAAAUCCUCCAUCCAAUUUUCCUUCCUCAAUGAACCAAGAGACAGCAGUAGUGGCAACUCAUGUAAAGAUAGAUGAGGAAAUUCCCCCUCCACUUCCUGAACGAACACCUGAAUCAUUUAUUGUGGUAGAGGAAGCUGGAGAGUUCUCACCAAGUGUUCCCAAAUCCUUUUCCUCAACUGUGAAGGUAAAAAUUGGUACAUCACUGGAAUGGAGUGGAACAUCUGAACCAAAGAAAUUUGAUGACUCUGUGAGACUUAGACCAAGCAAGAGUGUAAAACUCCGGAGUCCCAAAUCAGAUCUACAUCAAGAUCGUUCUUCUCCCCCGCCACCUCCACUUCCAGAAAGAACUCCAGAGUCUUUCUUUCUUGCUGAUGAAGAUUGUAUACAGGCCAAAUCUAUAGAAACUUAUUCUACUAGUUGUUCAAACAUCAUGGAAAAUUCAACAUCUUCUAGACAGACAUUGAAGACUCCUGGAAAAAGUUUCACAAGGAGUAAGAGUUUGAAAAUUUUGCGAAACAUGAAGAAGACUAUCUGUAAUUCUUCCUCAUCAAGCAAGCCUGCAGAAUCUGUUCCGUCAAAUAACUCUAGCUCCUAUCUGAAUUUAGCUAUCUAUACUGAUGGGAUGAUUUUUGACUAUUGUGUGAAACCAUUUAACCUGUUUUGCCAAUCGUUUUUCAAAACCCAAAGGACCAAGAAACCCUCCACCAACUUGGAAUAUUUAAUGUAACUCUGGAUUUGUAAGAAUAUAGGCUGCAAGUGCAUCUGCAAAUAAAACUACUAGAAUACUACUAGUUAAGUAUUCUAGAUUCAUAAUAUUAAAAAUGAAGAUAGUUUUUAAAAGUACUUUUAAAAGAAAAUCAAUAUGCAAAUAAAUGCCAUCUGUUUUGCAUUUUCUUAUCAUUUACAUUGGGCUGGAAACUACAAAUAAAAGUUUGUCAUUGGCUGGGUGGCGCCUGUGGCUCAGUCGGUAAGGCGCCGGCCCCAUAUACCGAGGUUGGUGGGUUCAAACCUGGCCCUGGCUGAACUGUAACCAAAAAAAAAAAAAAAAAGUUUGUCACUGGAGCUUAUGUAAAGAACACUGUAUGGGAAAUACAAUAUAUUUUUUAAACUUUAAAAGGUUGAUAAGAUUUGGAUUUCAAUUAAAUUUUUACUAUUUUUAGAAUAUUUAGAAUUUACUAUUAAAAGUUUUAAGUCUUGGCUCUUCGCCCAUGGUUACGUUGCCAGUCAUGUACAUGGAGAGGCGCAGGUUCGAACCUGGCUUGGGAAAGCCGAACAAUAAUGUCAACUGCAACAACAACAACAACGACGACGACGAAAAAACAGCCGGGCAUUGUGGCAGGCGCCUGUAGGCCCAGCUACUAGGAGGCUGAGGCAAGAGAAUCACAUAAGGUCAGGAGUUUGAGGUUGCUGAGAGCUGUGAUGCCACGGCUGUGUACCUAGGUGACAUAGUGAGAUUGUCUUAAAAAAAAAGUUGUAAGUCUUUCCUUGUGGUAGCAGUAUAAAAUGCCUGCUUGUGACAAUGACUAUUCUCUGGUAGUUAUUUGUGACUAAAUACACAUCUUCCUAAAUGUUGGAGGAAAGUAGUGGCAAGAAAUGGAGAAAUUAUAUUUAACAGAACAAAAUGUGCAAAUAACAGCAGUUAUCACUUUUAAAUCUGGAUAUGCCAACUAAUAAGAUGUUCAACUCGUUCCUGAUAAGUUUCAACCUACAUUAUUCCAUUAUCAAUUCCAGAAAAUCAUCAACCCUCAGCUAUCUUUUGGUAGCAUUUUCUUCACUUAAAAAUUUAUAUUCAACCAAUGAGAGAGAUUCUAGUUUAAAAUAUUAUGUGAAUAUGCCUGCCUUUAAAAAAAUUUAUUUUAAAUCUAAUUUUAUGUAGUAAAUAAAUUAGUGGAUGAUUAUUAUUAUGAAGAAUCCACCCAACUUCUAGGAGUUAACAUCUUUUUAUUUUAAAAGGCUUUAUCUCUGGCGUGGCGCCCGUAGCACAGUGGUUACAGCGCCAGCCACCUGCACCGAGGACCAGGCCAGCUAAACCACAAUGACAACUACAACCAAAAAAUAGCCGGGCGUCGUAGCAGGUGCCUGUAGUCCCAGCU